AUGAGUGAGAAUGUGUUGAAUGUAAUGAAUUACGGUGCAAUUGGAGAUGGAAAAAGAGACGAUUCUCAAGCAUUUCUCAGAGUCUGGGAAGCUGCUUGCCAAACUACUCAAGUUCCAAAAGUGUUCAUCCCAAACAGAACUUUUCUGUUAAAGCCCCUCACCUUUUCCGGUCCUUGCAAAUCUUCCCUCAUCUAUUUUCAGAUAAUGGGGAAAAUUGUGGCUCCAAAUUCAAAAAAUGCUUGGUCGGGUCGACCCACGAAUACAUGGUUGUUCUUCUACGGAAUCAACGGGCUUUCUCUAUCCGGGUCGGGGCAGUUCGACGGGCAAGGGUCGAUUUGGUGGAGCAAUCCUUGCAUGCAUAAUUCUGCACAAAAUGCUGCUGGAAAGUGCAAGGCUCCAGCUGUGGUAACGUUUAAGAGAUGUAACAAUCUUAAAAUCAAUGGUCUCACUUACAUCAAUCCAAUGAAUAAUCAUAUGCAACUAACAACUUGUAAAAACGUGAACAUUUCUCACAUUCGGAUAAACGCACCCAAAAAUAGUCCUAACACCGAUGGCAUUGAUAUUGCAAACUCCCAUUCGGUUAAGAUUCGCAAUUCAGUCAUAACCACAGGCGAUGAUUGCAUUGCUAUAAGUGGAGGCUCGUCAGAUAUAGACAUUAGCGGCAUCUUUUGUGGUCCAGGCCAUGGCAUUAGCGUGGGGGCAUUGGGACACGGAGGAUAUGAUGUUGUGGAAAACGUGAAAGUAUACAACUGUACAUUUAAAGAAACCUUAACCGGAGUUAGGAUCAAAAGUUGGCAGGGCGGAGAAGGUUAUGUAAGGAAUGUUUCAUUCAGCCGGAUUAAGUUCAUUGCGGUCUAUAAUCCCAUAAUUAUUGACCAAUAUUAUUGGUUACUCUUCUAUUGGAAGACAUCGGCGGUUAAAGUGAGUGACGUAUCGUUUACCUCAAUAGUUGGGACUUCAAAUAUGGAUCAAGUAAUAAACCUGAGUUGCAGUAAGUCUUUCGGAUGCACCAACAUCGUAUUAGAUCGUAUAGAUAUUUCGUUAGCAACAAAAGGGAGAAAGCCAUUUGCUACUUUCAUUAAUGCACAUGGGAAAGCUACCAAUACUAAGCCUGCAAUCAAAUGCUUACUUCCAUAG